GAAACACGUGAUAGGGGAACGGAGCGAUAGAGGGGGAGAGAGAGAGAGAGAGAGAGAGAGAGAGAGAGAGAGAGAGAGAGAGAGAGAGAGAGAGAGAGAGAGAGAGAGAGAGAGAGAGAGAGAGAGAGAGAGAGAGAGAGAGAGAAGGGGUAAGGCAGAGAGGGAGAAACCAAGCCGUCUGCUGGUCUUAUUCCCCGGCGUGGAUGCACGGAGACAGAGCGGGGAAGAGAGCAGACAUUUCUUUUUACCGAGCAUCGUAUACCGAGUUGCUGAUUUAAAGCUCUGGUCCUCAUCUCUGACCAGAGUGGACAACCACACUCUAAAGUCUAGAGCAACAUGACCCAGGAGGGGCAGGCUUUGCCGUCUCCCACCCCAACAGAGAACCCAGCAGAGCCCAUUAACACCACCAGCGACCUGCCCACAGAGGCUCAGGACCAGGCAGAGCAAGACAAGCCUGGUUGUGAAGACAUAAACGAAGGAAAACAAGAAGAAGACAUCUGCAAGGAAGAAGAGGAAACACAGGGGGAGGCACACUAUAAUGUUGAAGGGAGGGAAGAAACAAAAGCAGAGGGAGGAGAGGGUGUUCACCAUCGCCAGGCGGAUGAGGAGGAGGAGGAGGAGAGGGAUGCGGCAAACGGGAAUGGAUGCGGAAAGGAUGAGGUGAGCUCAACAGGGGAGGAGGAAACACAUGCUGCAGAUGAGAUGAAAGAAGAAGAGGAGGGGAAAGAGAAUGAAGAGAUGCAACCACAAACAGAGGAGGAAGCAACUCGGCCCAGACAAGCUGGACGAUUAACCAAUGGCAUAAAUGGGGAUCAAGAAGAUGACGACGGUGGUGAAGAGAACCAUGAAGAAGGCGAGGGCGGGGCACACUUAGACACUUUUAGCUCUGACUUUGAAACCACUGUGGAACAGGCUGACACUGAAGUGGAGGAGGAGGCGGAGGAGGAGGAGGAGGAGGAGGAGGAGGAUGUGCCAAAAGAAGGUGAUGGGAGAGGAAACCAGGACAGUUUCAGCUCAACGUUUGAGCACAUUGUUGAGCAGGUGCAAGAGGAGGAAAAAGACGAGGAGGAGUUGAAAGAAGGUAGAAGCAAAGGUCAGGUGGACAACAAAGAUGGCUUCAGCUCCACCUUUGAGCGUAUCAUAGAGUCUGCCCUGCUAAGGGGCGGGACCUGUUACAGCAGCCUGGACUCUCUGGAUGUGCUGUCGCUUACAGAUGAGACUGACAGCUGUGUGAGCUUUGAAGCACCACUGACACCACUCAUCCAACAGAGGGCUCUCUUACAGGGCCCAGAGCCUCUGGAGCUGGAGCUAGAAACUGUUCAGGAGCAGGAAGGGGCUGAGGCUGGACCAGAUGCCCCAGCUAGUGAUCUCAAGGCGAGCUGUGUGGAUGGAGUAGGAGGAAGCCCUCUCAGAACCACCAUACCAGGGAGCCGCUCAGAGUUUGUUUUGAGUCAGCCAGGACGCUGGGCCAUCCCCAAUGGAUACCACACUGACUCCCAGGGAGCCAUGCACAAUUCUGACAGCGAUGCCAACCUCACAGACGUGCUGUCUGACUCAGACGAGUGCGAUUUGGGCAGUCUGGAGCAUUUGGAGCGCGGUAGUACCGACACUUUGGCCAAUGGCUGCCGAGCUGACUACGAAGGUGCCAAAAGGCUCGCCAAGCGCCUUUAUCACCUUGAGGGCUUCAAGCGCUGUGAUGUGGCCAGACACCUGGGCAAGAAUAAUGACUUCAGUCAGUUGGUGGCGUCAGAGUACCUGAGCUUCUUUGACUUCUCCGGCUUAUCUCUGGAUCGGGCCCUAAGGAACUUUUUAAAAGCCUUUCCGCUGAUGGGGGAGACGCAGGAAAGAGAGCGAGUCCUGGUGCAUUUCUCCAAACGCUUCUGCCACUGCAAUCAACAAACAAUCACAUCUGAAGAUGGAGCCCACACACUAACCUGUGCCCUCAUGCUGCUCAACACAGAUCUACAUGGACACAACAUUGGGAAGAAAAUGUCCUGCCAACAGUUUAUUGGUAAUCUAGAUGGCCUCAACAAUGGCAAAGACUUUCCCAAAGACUUACUGAAGGUCUUAUACAACUCCAUCAAGAACGAGAAGCUUGAGUGGGCUGUUGAAGAAGAAGAGCUAAGGAAAAGCCUGUCAGAGCUUGUGGAGGAACAGUGUGAGGGCGGGAGUAAACGUGUUGCCAGGGUAACGGACAGCAAUAACCCUUUCAUCGCCAUCCCCAUCCUCCUCAAUGCCGUAACCUACAAACACGGAGUGCUAACUCGGAAAAGCCACGCUGAUAUGGAUGGCAAAAGGACCCCAAGGGGUCGCCGUGGUUGGAAGAAGUUUUAUGCCGUUCUCAAGGGGAUGAUCUUAUAUCUCCAGAAGGAUGAAUAUAAGCCGGAUGCUGACAUUUCAGAGGUGGAUCUGAAGAACGCUGUGCGGAUCAACCACGCUUUAGCCACCCGUGCCACCGACUACAGCAAGCGAGCCAACGUACUCAAGCUCAAAACCUCUGACUGGAGAGUUUUUCUGCUGCAAGCGCCGGACGAGGAGGAGAUGAUGUCGUGGAUCUUCCGGAUAAAUCUGGUGGCAGCACUCUUCUCCGCUCCAGCCUUCCCUGCUGCUAUUGGCUCCAUGAAGAAAUUUUGUCGUCCCAUUUUGCCAUCUUCAUCUACGAGACUAAAUCAGCAGGAGCAGCUGCUGAGUCACGAGAACAAGCUAAAGCAGAUGAGCCUGGAGCUGGAAGAGCACCGGAAAAACCCGCCCUCAGCUGACCCCAAAAACCGCGAGUGGGAGGAGUAUCGGCUCAAAGAGCACUACCUCACAUACGAGAAGACUCGCUAUGAGACGUACAUCAGCCUCCUUCAGGCCAAAAUCCGCACUGAGACAGACGAUCUAGAGAAGAUUGAGGCCAGCGUGGUGGGUGGCCUGUUGAUGGAGGGCACUCUGGCCGGCCACCUCCGCAAGACGCAGUCCUCGCCGUCCAUCAGUCAUGAGGCUCACAGCGGCUUAAAUGGGAGGGGCGCCGGAUGCACUGCCCCGGGACAGAUGAGCUGAGGGGACGGGGAGGAGGGGGUCACAUGGACCACACCCUUCCAAGCAACAUCCCUUGAAGCCAAAACCAGUGUCAUGGUUUUCGGUCUGUCCUUUAAUGGUUCGAAUCAGAAUCCUUCCUAGAAUUUAUCCCCCUGGUGAUAAGUUUCCGAAAGCAAUAGAUGAUGAAGACCUGCCAUGACUGCCCCCCCCUCACUACUAUUGCACAUUUUAAAAUGAUCGGAACUGUGAUCACUAUUUAUAACGUCAUCAGUAUUAUUUUCUCGGACGCUGUUGUCUUUAGCUGUGUUUACUUUGGGCGAGAGAAAAGUAUAUAUAUGUGUUAGUCAGACAAAUGUGUGCGAUGGAGGAAAUGGUACUACUGUAGCAUUUUGUUUACACACUCACCUUUGGACCUAUCAUUGUGGUGCAGUGCGAUUAGCAGCCAUCUUUGUUACAGAAACUCACAAAGAACCUCUCAGAAGGGACCGUGCCAUGUAGAGCAUAUUUAUUUAUUUAUUUAAUUCCUUACAAAUAACCUGUAUUGGCUCUCGCUGUUUUUACAACCAUCUCUUUGCACACACAUACACACACACACACAUACACACACACACACAUACACACAGAGGAACAGUUCUCUGGAGGAACUCGGGGUUGAGUGCCUUACUUACGGCACCUUGAGACCAGCUAGUGAGCAAAAAAAGAACUUGAAUCGAAACGGUCCUGGAUCAGAGCUCAUCUCUGUCAUUUGUAAGCUACCGUUACCCCAAACACGGACGGACACGUGUUGAAAUAGUCCGUUUGUUUCCACCGUCUCAAAGACAAAAUCAUCAAGCACUGUGCCGUGUUCGGCUGGAACUACCGCCAUGCUCUUUUUGAAGGGUUGGAUUUCAUUACGGAGGAAGCAUAUCAAUACCAUUUUUUUUUAAAUUAUAUAUUCUUUUUUACACCCCCACAAUUGAUUUAAAAUAAAACAAUCAAGAUGUGAUUCAAGUGCAGAUUCAAAGUUGUAAUUGAAGAGGUCUUACGGCAAUUUGACUCCUUGACUUUUAGGGCUCAAAAGUAUUUGGACAAUUGAAGUAAUUGUCAUAUUUUUGCCUGCCUGAAGUCUGACUAGGCUCCAUGACCAUAUUAGGAGGUUCCUCCUUGGAGAUGCCUUGCUAGUCCUUGACUGCAGUUUCCACUGCACCACGAUGGACGCAGUUGUAUCUCGUAUGUGACCAUGAUCAGAGCCUAUAGACCAGGGGUUUAAAACUUGUGGCUCAUGUUUUGUGGCCCUCUUCUUGACUUCUUAGCAGCUAAUAGGUAAACUUAUUUUGGCAAUCUCACACUAACUACAAUACCACACAUUGGGCAACACAAAGAGCAAAGCGGAAGUUUCUCUGACUAUCUCCCGGGGAACUCAUCAGUGUCAAAAUAUACAAUUUUUACAGUCAAUUUUACAUUUAUAUUGAAUUACAGCCUACCAUAGCUAAGGGGUACUAUAGCUACUGUUAGAAGUAGUUAAGUGCAGUUUAGUUAAAUUUAGUCACAUGGUUAAAACGUGAUUCUGAAGUUAUUACAUAGUGCGGCCUAGCCUCACACAUACUCUCCCAGCUAAAUGGAGUUUGAUGUACAGUAGAUCUUUACAUCAUCAACAAACAUUAGUGACAGCAUUGCAUUAGAAGCCAUGCAUGCUGGUACCAAACCUCCAACAUGCUUUGGAUCAUCAGCUCUUUCUUUUCAUUUCCACACUUUUCUAGUCCCAUAAUUACUGAUGAAAGUGAUCAAUACUAGCAAGUAAGACCUGAUGUUUUGGGAGGAUGUUUCAGGGUUCACUGUGAUAUUUGCUGAGCCAACUAAUGCCGAGGAUGCUUGUAACUCAAAGUUUUUGCUUGCACCUAAAGCAAAACAAUUACCGUAUUUUUCGGACUAUAAGUCGCUCCGGAGUAUAAGUCGCACCGGCCGAAAAUGCAUAAUAAAGAAGGAAAAAAACAUAUAUUAGUCGCACUGGAGUAUAAGUCGCAUUUUUGGGGUAAAUUUAUUUGAUAAAACCCAACACCAAGAAUAGACAUUUGAAAAGCAAUUUAAAAUAAAUAAAGAAUAGUGAACAACAGGCUGAAUAAGUGUAUGUUAUAUGACGCAUAAAUAACCAACUGAGAAUGUGCCUGGUAUGUUAACGUAACAUAUUAUGGUAAGAGUCAUUCAAAUAACUAUAACAUAUAGAACAUGCUAUACGUUUACCAAAGAAUCUGUCACUCCUAAUCGCUAAAUCCGAUGGAAUCUUAUACGUCUAGUCUCUUACGUGAAUGAGCUAAAUAAUAUUAUUUGAUAUUUUACGGUAAUGUGUUAAUAAUUUCACACAUAAGUCGCUCCUGAGUAUAAGUCGCACCCCCGGCCAAACUAUAAAAAAAACUGCGACUUAUAGUCUGAAAAAUACGGUAGCCAAUAGACUUAUCUUAAAAGACUCUUAAGUUGAGGUACUUGCAUGUUAACAAUAGUUUGCAACAUUCAAAUAACUUCUUCAAUAAAAUUUUAAAUACUAAUGAUUGUCACACACACACUAGGUGUGGUGAAACUUGUCCUCUGCAUUUGACCCAUCCCCUUGUUCACCCCCUGGGAGGUGAGGGGAGCAGUGAGCAGCAGCGGGAAUCAGCCAGAAUAUUAUUUUAUUUUUAUGAUGCCAGGAAGUGUUUUUUUUUAGUUACUAAAGAAAGUAAUAUCCACUACCAAAUACCUUUUUGUGAAACCUCUUAAAUUAAAGCCGAAAGUCGACUUUUUGUUCACCUCAGUGUUAAUGGUACACAGAGUCAAACCAGGAAGAGCAUCGGGUGUAAAAACUAAGAUGAAAACAAUUAUGCGAUAUAUAAAUACAUUUAGAAAACUGUUUAGGAUUUACAAAGUAUUUCUCAGCUGACUUUGUUCACCAAACUAUCACAGGGCCCGGCUUGAUGGACCCAUUGUGGUGCAUCGAGCCUACAUCCCUAAAACCGCAUAUGUGCGUCGGCAUGCUAUCUUCUUGUGACAUGUUGAUCCUGUAGGUUGCAAAGAAGACGUCGAUGUAGCAGAACAUGCUGUUUAUGAGGUACAAACAAUGCAGACAUCAUUUAAACUUCAACACAAAUGCAGCACCCAUCCUCUCCACAAGAAUAUUCCGCCACAUCUCUGAUGGCGUCUUUGGGCAAGCGUACAGCAGCAGGACUCGCUGCACCAACACAAAUAAAACUGGGAUGCAGCAGAAAAACAACAUUCUCCAUGUGGGUCAGCGUGAGCGUUACGAAAGACGUUCUCGGAAGACAAUGGUUUGCUUUUCUCAGUAAGGCCCGGAAGGCAAACAUUUAGCGGAUAUUUAACAAAGUAUCGCUUUAAGGCUUGUUUUCUGGGAGCUCGCAUAACGUCAGGACAUUGGAGUUCGGGUACCGUUGUUUAUCAGCACCUUAUUGAUCCCACCUAAAUCCACACCUUUUUGCUGGUUCUUCGUCUUUUGCGACACAACUGUAGAGCUUUGGGGGGAAAAUCCUGUUUAAAAUCAUUUGGAAAUCCUAAAAGGACAAAAGUUGUAUCAUAUCAGGAUUAAUAACUUCUUUUUUUUUUCCAGACUUCCCCUUGUAGUCCCUUUGGCUGUUGUUGUACUGACCAAUGUUCCCAAUAUUCUAGGGUAGGCCUGUGCUGUAAAAUAGGACUGUGACAAAAAUAUUUGUUAUGUUUUAUUGGGGGGGGGGGAGACAACUUCUGCACUUUGAUGUCAGCAUUACACCUGUUAUUUUGUUUGUAUAUUUGAAUCGUCUUUUUUUUUUUUUUUUUUUGGUUCAUACAGUGUAAAGGACAUAUUUACUGAAUAUUUAGUCUGUGCUUCAUGAAAUAAUAAGCUUUUAUAGAGAGAAUUGUAGUUGUGAUUUAUUAACAUGUUGGAAACAGCACCUAAACCAUGUGCAGUGCCAAUGACAUCACUGAUGCACAUAUUUCUUUGUACUCUAU